CAUACGAUAGCUAUAGGACCGGGGCCUUAAAUGUGGUACUCAUCAAUGGUUUGGUAAUUUAGUGACAAUUAAAUGGUGGACAGAUUUGUGGUUAAAAGAGGGAUAUGCUUCAUUUGUAGAGUUUCUAUGUGUAGAUUAUCAUUAUAAAGAUUAUGACAUAUGGACUCAAUUUGUAACAGAUACAUUUAUCACUGCAUUGAAAUUAGAUGCUUUGAAAAGUAGUCAUCCAAUAGAAGUACCAGUUAACAAUCCUUCUGAAAUAAAUGAAAUUUUUGAUAGCAUUUCAUACAAUAAAGGAGCUAGUAUAAUAAGAAUGUUACAUUCCUAUAUUGGUGAUGAUGAUUUUAAAAAAGGCAUGCAUUUAUAUCUAAAGAAGUACUGCUAUUCUAAUGCUGAGACUAUUAACUUGUGGCAAGCAUUGGAAGAAGCCAGUAAGAAGCCUGUUGCUCAUGUAAUGUCUGUAUGGACUAAAAAACAGGGUUUUCCUAUUCUUAAAAUUUCUGAAAAGCCUUCCAGCAAUGAAAACAAUCGAGUUCUAAACAUUUCUCAAGAAAGAUUUUUUGCUGAUGGUUCAGCUGACUUAAAAUAGUCAGUGGGUCAUUCCAAUAGCAGUCAAUUGACCAAUCCAGUGACCCAAAAAAAUUAUAAUGAAUGCACUUUUGGAAACCAAAUCUAAAGAUAUAAAAUUUGAGGGUGUAACUAGAGAUUGUUGGAUAAAAAUCAAUUCAGGAACUGUCAGUGUUUGUAGAACACUACAGUAAUGAAUUACUUGAACAGUUUAUACCCGCCAUCAAAAAUCAAACUUUACCCCCUUUGGACCGUUUAGGACUUUAGGACGAUUUUUCUGCUCUAUCAGAAGCUGGACAUAUUUCAACAAGUCAGACUUUGAAGUUGAUGGAGUCAUUUAAACAAGAAGUAGACUAUACUGUAUGAACCUGUGUUGUCAACAUUUUGAGCAAGAUUGGCCUACUUGUAUCUCAUCUGGAAAUAAAUUCGAAAUUCCAAGCAUUUGGUCGAGAGCUUUUUGCAAAUAUUUAUGCUCGCCUUAGAUGGGAUGUGAAACCAAAGGAAAGCCAUUUGGACACAUUGCUAAGAUAUAUUUUUGAUAUAAAUAUUUUAUGAAAUUGGAACAUAUCAUGUAAUAAUAAUUGGUGAUUGCAGAGCUGUGAUAGUAUUUCGUAUGGUAUCUUUUGAAGACGAAGCCACAAUUAAGAAAGCGAAGCGUCGAUUUGAAGAUCACGUAUCGAAAAAGAGCAUUUUACCAGCCGAUCUACGAAAAGCAGCCUACUGCGCAGCUUUGAUGACCGGUAACACUGAAACUUUUAACACUUUAUUACGUUUGUACCGCGAGACUGAUUUACUUGAAGAAAAAAGUCGAAUCCUGGGGUCAUUGGGAGCAACGAAAGACGAAGAUUUACUCAAACAUGCACUCGAAUUUUCGAUUAGCGAAGAAGUCAGAUUGCAAGAAACAGUAGUUAUAAUGACGUCUAUUCAAAUGAGUUACAAAGGUCGUCUUUUAGUGUGGCAAUUUUUCAAAGAUAAUUAUAAAAAAUUGAUCGACAGAUACAAAAAUGGUCUUUUACUCAUAAGAUUGAUUAAGGCUAUAACAAAAGAUUUUGUUACUGAAAACUAUGCACGAGAAAUUAAAGUUUUCUUCGAAAAACAUCCUACACCAAGCGCUGAAAAAAGUAUUAAACAAAGCAUUGAAUCGGUAAUAUUGAAUGCUGCUUAGUUAAAACGAGAUCAUUUGUCUAUAGAGGACUUUUUAAAAAAAUAUUAAA